CAGUAACGUCAUAAACACUAACAUGGGAGACGUUCAAUCUGACAUCAAACAUUAACUAUCACCUGUUCAUUCAACCACCAAAGACCAUUCACACUCACCGAGACCAACUCAACAAUGCCCUGGCAGCAGAUCGACCAUGAGUUCACUCAUCCUCAACUGGACUAUAACUCCAAACCCAACUUCCAGGCCUGUAUCAAAGUCUCCGUCUUCUUCAAAAAGAUUGAUUCAAUCGACCACGAUACGUUCUUCGGGCACUGGCAGACCGUCCAUGCUGACUUAGCUGUCGCCACGCAUGCUUUCCGAGACCACAUCGUUCGAUAUGCGCAGCACCAUCAAACCCCGGAGAUGAAGGACAGAGCCAAGAGCUUAGGAGAAGGAUUUCUCGACUAUGACGGUUGCGCGCAGCUCUGGGUCAAGACUUGGGAUGACUGGCUGGCGUUUUACAACAGCAAAGAGUAUGCUGCAGCAUUGAGCGAUGACUGCAACAGAUUCAUGGCACUGCCCAUGACAUACAUGGUGGGUUAUGAGAAUUUGGUUGUAGGAGAUGCGCCUCGGUCACUUGGUGGCAAGGAUGGGAUGGAUAUCAAGACUUUGAAAUAGGGCAGAUACUGUAGUGAUAGUUAGGGUUUAACAAUUACUAUUGCCUUUCUUCCUUAUUCAGUGUAGAGUAAUUCAAUUCACAACUUUCUCCGC